AGCUGCAACUUCAUCAUGUUUGCAUCAGUGCUUCUAGUCUUGGCAACUGUUGUGCUUUUCCUGCUCCUCUUUAAGACCAACAGGAGCAAAAACUUCCCUCCAGGCCCUCGACCCCUCCCAAUCUUUGGAAAUCUGCUGCAGCUCAAUCUGGAGAGCCCUCUUCCAGAUCUGGACCGGCUGGCCAAACGCUAUGGUAACGUGUACAGCUUUUUCAUUGGUGCCAAGCCUGCGGUCGUCAUCAACGGGCUGCAGGCCUUCAAAGAAGCCCUGGUAAACAAAGCUGCUGACUUCUCUGGCAGACCGCAGGACCAAAUGCCUAACCAUGCUGUGCAGCAGAAAGCUCAUGCUGCCGGAGUGAUUCUAGCAGAUUAUACCCCUGCCUGGAGAGAGCAGCGACGCUUUGGUCUGACAACCCUGAGAAACUUUGGUCUGGGGAAGGAGUCGAUGGAGCAGAGAAUUCUGGGAGAGAUACGCCGCAUUGAAAAGGUGUUGGAGCAGAGUAUCGGUAAAAGCAUGAAUCCCCAUAUGCUGUUCCACAACGCCGCCUCCAACGUCAUCUGCCAAGUUCUGUUUGCUCGGCAGUUCGACUAUGAGGAUGAGCUCAUGAAGUUUUUUGUUGACCUUUUCCAUAAAACCUCCAAAAUAAUAAAUGGGCGCUGGGGUUUGAUCUACGACUCUUUUCCUCUGGUGCGCAACCUGCCACUGCCCUUCCAGUGCGCCUUUAAGAUGUUUAAGAUUGCACAUGAAAAGCGUAUGGAGAUGUUGGCCGAAAACAAAAAGACCAGAGUUCCUGGUAAACCGCGUCAUUUCAUAGACGCCUACCUGGAUGAACUGGAUAAGAGAGGAGACGAUGGCUCAUCAUUCAACGAAGACCAGCUUUGUGCAUAUCUUUUGGACCUUCACUUUGCCGGGACUGACACGACCGCCAACACCCUGCUCACUGCCUUCCUCUACCUGAUGAAUUAUCCACAGAUACAAGAGCGCUGUCAGCAGGAAAUAGACAGCGUCCUGGAUGGGAAGGAUGAAGCCAGUUUUGAAGACAGACACCAGAUGCCUUACGUGCAGGCUGUUAUUCAUGAGAUCCAGAGGGUGGCGAACACUGUUCUCGCUGUUUUCCACUGCACCACUAAAGACACCGAGUUAAUGGGAUACUCCAUCCCCAGGGGAACCAUUAUCAUCCCGAACCUGAUCUCCGUGCUGAAUGAGGAGGGACGGUGGAAAUACCCUCAUGAAUUUAACCCUGAAAACUUCCUCAAUGAGCAGGGAGAGUUUGUGAAGCCAGAGGCCUUCAUGCCGUUUUCUAUCGGUCCUCGUAUGUGUCUCGGAGAGGGUCUGGCUCGAAUGGAGCUCUUCCUCAUCACAGUGACUCUGCUGAGGAGGUUCAAGUUCAUCUGGCCAGAAGAUGCAGGAGAGCCAGACUUUACGCCUGUUUAUGGGACAACCCAGACCCCAAAACCUUACAGCUUAAAGGUACAAGUCAGAAACUCUAUCCCUAAAUAGAGGUUACAGGAAACAUCAUUCAGAAUUCAACAUUUCGGCAUAAACAAAUUUUGGUUGAAGCUGCACUAAUCAAUAUUUGAUAUGAAAAAUGACCAUCGCCAACUCUGCAGUUUUUUUCAGCUCUACAGACCUUUAUUGUGUCUUUCAGCUUGUUGUUUUGGUUUUAAUGCCCAUAAGUUAACUAUUAGGCUCUUAUGAGCCUACUUUCCAGCAAAAGAAAAAGUUUGUAUCUCUUUUCUUUAAACUUUGGUAUUUAAAACCAUAUUUCAAGUUAUUUCUACCUCUCCCAAGUGGCUAAAGAAAAACUGAAUGUAACAAAGCUGGGAAUUGUAGAAAUAGUGUAGUUAACAGUUUGCAAAUCGUACAGUGAUAUCAUAUCUAUGAGAUGAAACUAUAAACUGUGAAUCCUAAGAUGUUCUAUUUUUUCACUAUCUGACUUUCAGACAGAUGUUCUGUUUAUUUAGAAAACACAUUACUCAGUGUUUCCUUUUUGCCAGGGAAACAUUUAAAAUUUUGGUUGUAAUCAGGGGUUUCUCUACUGUGACAUAAAUGAUUUUACUUGAGUGAAACAUCUAAAUACUUAUUCUGUACACUACAAAACAUCACAAUAAAAUAACUAUGUGAAACACUGUAACAGGGAUACUCAACU